AGAGGCGGCGGCGGAGAGUAGAGACCGCGGUGGGGCAGCGGAGAAGGAAGGAGCUGCGUAACGGCAGCAGCAGAAGCAGCGCAGGGGCCAGAGCGGCUCCGACCCGCAGCUCGGACAAGAUGUGGCGGCGCUGGGAAGCAGGAUGGGGCACUGUCAUACUGACAGACGAGAAGACGGAGCUGCGGGAGCUCAAUUCGAGGCUGCGGGUCUUCGUGUCCCGAGUGAGGGAACUGGAGGAGGAGAACCGCUUCCUGGCGCGGGAGCUGGCGGAGUUGCGGGAGCAGGAGCUGAUCGGGCUGCGGGAGCCCGAGCAGGAGCUGGCCUGGCUGCGGAUGCAACUAGAGGAGCUGAGCCAGGCGAAGCUGGAAGCGGAGAUGGAGCGGGACGGGCUGCGGCGGGAGCUGGAGCAGCUACAGCUGCUGGGUGCCGAGGUGCUGGCGAUGCGGCGCCGCUUGGAGCCGGAGCUGGCCGGGCAGCGGCAGCUGCUGCAGCGGUUGCAGGGCGAGUGCGUGGCGCUGGAGGAGCUGCUGCUGCAGCUGCAGGACGAGCACGGGCACCUGGCGGAGCGGCAGCGGCGUGAGGUUGUGGAGAUACGAGAGCUGAGGAUGGACCUGGCCGCAUUGCCGCCCCCCUUGUCCACCCUGAGCCUGGAGGAGCUGGAGGAGAUCUACGAGAUGCUGCUUAGCCAGAGCUGCCAGGAGACUCUGCUGCGCUAUCAGGAGCAGAUCCAGAGGCUGCAAGAGCAGGAGGCGCAGCGGAGUCGAGAGGACCUGGAGCUCCUGCGGGAGGAGAGCCGGCAGUGCCGCCAGCACCUGGAGGACCUCCACCGCCAGGGCCAGGAGCUGUGUGGGCUCCGGGAGCGGCUGGAGCAGGAGCUGCUUGCCAUGCAGGACCGCCACGGCGCCGAAGUGGAGGAGUACCAGCGGAUAAUUGAUGCUCUAGAAGAUGAAAAGCAGUUCCUGACCAUGUCAAUCACAGAUUACCUGAGGGAUUAUCAAGAAUUACUGCAGGUGAAAGCAGGUCUCAUCCUUGAAAUUGAAACUUACAGGACUCUGUUGGAAGGGGAAAGCAACGAGUGGAUUAUUAAAUGGAGAGAUCAGCUUAUAGGGAAAUUGCCUCAAGAUAUUAUAAACACUUCAUAUAACUACACCGAUACAUACUCUACUUAUCAAGAAAGAAGUCAAAAUAAAACUUCACCAGCUAUCAGGAUCACUGAUACAAGGCAUAGAAUACCAGCGAUAAACAUAAGCAAUUCUGCACGCUAUUCAGCUCAAUCAACACAGGCUGGAUCACAGACAGCAGCGAGUAGAAAAUCUUUUGGAACAGAUGUACUAGGUUCAGUAUAUCGCCCUUCAACAACUAUUAGAAAGGAUGAAAGAAUUGUGACAGACCACAAAGAAUUAAGAACAUAUACCCCAGGCUACAGUAGCUGGAAAAGCACUGAAACCCAGCAGAAGACAAUUCCAGAAAGAAAGAAAACAGAAGUUACGUCUUCAUCUACAAUAUCUUUUUCAAAACAAUCAACACAUGCUGAAAGAUCAGACAAGGACAGCAAGGCUGACACAAAGUCAAGGAUUUCUGAAAGUCUAGGAACAAAACCAAACUUCUCUAAAUUUCCAACCUAUGAGCUGAAUACCAAUUUAAAACCAUCUGUAUAUGAAGAAACCAUAACUGAAACUCAGACCACAGUAAAAGAAAAAAGAGGAGGCAGCAAACCAACUGAAGAGAGCAGAUCACUGACAAAAGAAAAAGAUAAGCUAGAGAAACAAACAAAGGAGGAGAAAAGGAAGGUAGAUGAGAAGACUUUUGUAGAAGAAAGAAGUGUUAAUUUUGGAAGGCAAGGUGAUGCAAAAGUGGGAAUAGAGCAGAAAAAAUAUGUCCGGGAGGAAGUCAUUAACCAGAAGGUAGCGGGGAGUGAUAUUUCUAAUGCGAGAGCUUCAAAAUAUGAAUCAAGUAAAAAAGAUACAGAUGUAUCCUUUGAAUCCAAAAGCAAAGAAGUCAUUGAGAUACCUAUCAGUCUUGAAAGAUCUGCUCCUGAUAAAGUAUCUCAGAAGAAUAACAAAGAUAUACGUUCACAAGACUUUAAAACUUCCACAGGAAGAGAGACAGAUGACCACGUAACUAAGGCUGCUGAAAUUCACAAAGUCAGUGUUUCAGAAUCUAAUCUGAGAGAAGAAGGGAGAACUAGUGACAGAAGUCAUAAAACAGAGACUCUGUCAACUGAAAAUAUAGCAGAGAACAUUGUUGCUGACAUUCUUAAAAGUUUUACUCAGUCUUCUAGUUCAGAAGUAUCAACAGACACAAAAGUAACCUCUUUUAGUAAGCAAGAGAAACCUGAUGAUGGGAAAAUAAAGACAAAGAUGACGGUGCAGUCUCGAGUACAAGAAAACAUAGAUGUUUCUGCUGAAGGAAGUCUUUCAAAUCGGGAUGUUAGAAAAAUGUUAGAGAGUGCUGAGGGAACUCCUUCCAAACAGGAGAUAGAAGACAUAGUACAUCAUGGCCUGAAAGGAAGUGGGGGUGCAAAGAAUAUGUCUGUUAAUGUUGAGAUUGUGGAGGAAACAGUAGAUUAUGCCACUGAUGAAAGGACUGAUUUUCCAACACCUUUUGAAGUAGAGGAAGUGGAAGACACAUUCCCUGAAAGAGAGAAGCGUUAUGGUGAGGAGGAGCAAGACAUAACGCUUACACAUGAAGAUCUUAAAAAGAAGAAACGCCAUGAAAGCUUCACUCAUGUGGAGGAAGUAACUGAGGAAGAUGAUUCACCAAUUGAACAAAAAUAUUUUGUGUCUGUUCCUGAUGAUCAACCUGUUAUUAAUGAAAAAGACGAUGACUCAGUGUAUGGGCAAAUUCAUAUCGAAGAAGAAUCAACUAUUAAGUAUUCUUGGCAAGACGAAUUUUUGCAAGGCACACAAAGUAAGAGAGAUGAAGGUGUAAGCUCUCAGGAGGAAACAUACAGAGUGGUAGGGGAGGAAGCAACUGCCCACAUAUUAAAAGAAGAGCAUCCCAAAGCUGGAACAUCCCAUGUUGAAUCUGUUGUUAUUGAAAAAGAAAUUAAAAUACCCCAAGAAUUUCAGGCUUCAAUAAAGGGGCUUUUAUCAAAGGAAACCAAGGACCCCAAGCAACAACUGAAGGAAGCUUUAGAACAGCUGGAAGGCAGUCUCCCAGAAAGUGUAAAAGAGGAACUGUCUGCAUUAACAAAAGAAAAUCAAGCAGACUCUAGUAACUUGGAAUUUGAUAUCAAAAAAGUUCAUCAAACAGAGGAGGGAGGCUUGCUGACAAUUGUUGCUGAAGUCAAUCUAUCUCAGACCCUUAAUGCUGAUGAGUUCGAUGUAGCUCAGCUUGGUGAAGUAAUUGCAGGUGAGAAGACAACAUCACACUCCUUGAAAAGAGAUAAGUUGGAGAGAGCUGCUGAUGGUAAAAUCAGUACAGAAACAGAUGUUUCUGCACACAGUGACACGUACACUCCUGUGGCUAAUCAAGAAGUCUACACAUCAUCCACAGUGAGGAAGAGUGGUAGCACAGGAUAUCAUACCACUGAAAAAGUCAUUUAUGAUGGUUCAGUUUUGGAAACUGCAAGUUUUGGAGAAGGCUCUCACUCACCGGAGUCAACUGAUGAGAGCACGGCUGUAAGACGUAUUAGGGUUGGUCCAACAGAAGUCCAGAGAUUUGAGCAGAUUGUAUACAAAGGGCCUGGUUCUGAAAUGCUGGGGCUCAGUGCCACAGAAGAUGUUGUUCAGACAGAGGGCUCAUCAGGGAUGAGCCAUUCUGUAAAGCAUUUUAAACUGGGUCCCAAAGAAAUCCAAACAACAGAAGAAGUAAUUUAUAGUGGCCCCAUUACGACAACUGUAGAAGAGAUUGAUUCUGGAAAUCUUUCUCAGCAGACCUUUUCAUCGGACAUCAACAGGUCCACAAGGCAUGUUACAGUAGGAUCAAGGCAAGUAAUUGAAGAAGUGUCUUUUGAAGGGCUGGGCUCUGAGAAUCUCUCUCAGGCAGAAGGGUCUGUGGAUGUCAGCAAAUCAGUAAAGCAGUUUAGAUUACACCCAGAAGAGAUUCACUCUGAGCAAGUUAUUUUUGAGGGACCAAUCUCUGGUAAAGUAGAGGUCAGUGACUCUAGAGACUUUUCACAGACAGAGAGUUCAAUAAGACAUGUUCAAUUAGGCCCUAGAGAGUUUAUGACAGCAGAAAAAGUAAUCUACCAGGGCCCCAUCACUGAACAUAUUGAAAUCAGUGAAGUGGGAGAUCAAACCCAUUCAGAAAGCUCAGUAAAGCAUUUUAGACUCGGCCAAACAGGAGUUAAAACAACUGAGAGAAUCAUAUACCAAGGCUCCCUUUCUGAAACUCCAGAGUUCGUUAACAAAGGACAUCUUUCAGAGAAUGAAGGAAGCUUGGAUAUAAGUGGGUCUUUCAGGCAUGUUAGAAUAACUCCUGUAGAAACUCAAACUGAACAAAUAGUCUUUUCAAGACCCAUUUCUGAAACACUAGAAGAUCAUUCACAAACACGAGAGUCAUCUGAGAGCCGUAGCUCCAUGAAGCAUGUUAAAGUAGGAUCCAGUGAGACGUCAUUUACUUUUCAAAUGGGUGCUUCCAAUGUGGGUGGAGUAUCUAUGGCAGAAAGUGAAGAACAAGCAACAGUGCUCAUAUCUAAUGAACAAGACCCUUCUGCUAAUCAGUCACAGUUUAGAGUUGAAAGUGACCACAGUGGGGACGGUGAAAAUAAAAGAAGUUAUAUUCACUCCAGUUUUUCCCAAGAUCAUGUUGAAAACAUAGUGGAGAAGUCAAGUUUUGAUAAAACUGUACAAUUGCAAAGAAUGGUAGACCAAAGGUCAGUUAUUUCUGAUGAAAAGAAAGUUGCACUUCUCUAUCUGGACCAUGAGGAGGAAGAUGAUGAAGAGAAUGAUGGACAGUGGUUCUGAAAGGACACUAUAAUGAAGUCUACUUGGUAAUUUGUUUAUGCAGGUUCUUGAUUAUCCUGUGUUGGUAUUGAAACCUUCAACCUAUUCAGUACACUUUUUACUUGAUUUGAAAUUAUAUUUUUGGGAGAAAUCAUGCUAUUAAUAUGUUUGUUUGUUUUUUCCCUCAGAGACCUGUUUGCAAUAACUUCAGUUUUUUUCACCUAUAGAGACAGAUAAUUGCUACCGGCUAAUUCAGAAGAUUGUAUUUUUUUGUCUGUUUUAUAGCAGUUUAUUAACAAGUGUGUAUUUGAAUAGGAUUUUUCCAUUUUUACAAAAUACUGUAUUGUACUUGGUUACUAAAAUCAGCAAUUCUCUUUAAAGCUACUAACUACAAAUAUAAAAGGUCAUAAGACUAAUGAGGGUGGUAGGUAGCUGAUUUUCCGUUCUAUUUCUGUGUAUUUAUAUGCAAUACCUAACGAAAAUAUUUUAAGGAAAGAUACAGUUAUUUCAGCUAUGGAAGCUGAAUACAAUUCCUUAGGACUUAACAAUGCACAGCAAGAAUAGACAAAAAAACUAUUAUCUGUAUAGUUAGAAUGCAGUGCAAAAAUAAAAAUAAGAGGUAACACUGAAGCAGAGAUUUCUCGCAGUAUUCAUAGUGAGAAAUGGCAGAGUAUAUCUUCAAAAAAUAAAUAAAAUUUUAAAAAUAGACUAGAAAAUACUUCUACCAGAGUAAGGAGAACUCUACAGCUUCAGUGUGUAUGCACAGUAACAGCAGCAAGUUAUUUUGCAGUACAUUGCUUACCUUGACACUAGGUAUUGCUGACGGUAAGUGUGAAGUGUCAAAUGUUACUUAAUGCAUAACUUCUUAACACAGUGGAAUUAGCUAAUAUUAGCUAUAUUCUGAAGAAAAUAUGUGGAUCAUAUCUGUGACCAUUUUAUGACAGAUAAUUUCCAGGUAAUUCCUGUCUUGUUUACAAAUGAGAAGAUGCUCUUUCUAAUCACUAGACCUGCAAACCUAACCAGAGAUUUUAAUUUUCCCUUGUAUUUCUUUUCUCUGGUUAUAAGACUUUUCUCUGGCCAAAGUUGGUUUCUGCCUAAACCAUUUCAAAACUGUAUUUAUUUCACUUGAUUGCACAUUGGUUAAAUGAAAGAUAUAAACCAGCUUUACGAUAAAAAUUCAGUUACUUCAAAGUCCAGGUCCAGUACUGCACUAAACCAUGCAGUGCCAGCAGAAACAGAAAUAGCAGCUGAAAUUUAUUUUUUCACUGGGGUAAGAAGAUAUGAAACUGAACACAUACAAGAAUAAAAUGAACAAAUGAGAAGCUGCUAUAUUCAUAUGCAUGCAUACACAUAUGCACAUUCACUCACUCACUCUCCUAUACUUUCUCUGCAGAGUAGGAACACACCUGUAUCUGAAUGGCUAUCGUGUCAGUCUGGUAGUUUCUGGCACAGAAGUAUUUUCCUGUGGUUCUAUAUACAUAGUACUGUGUGUGCUAACCCAGAUUAGAAUACAGUUUAAGUAUUUUAGUCUGGCAUGGAUAUUCAAUUUUCAGAUUCUUUUAGCUUUAACAGAAGCUAGAUUUUUCAAAACUGACUGCUUAUUUAUAACAUGAAUGUAAAUGCAAAGCUAAAGAGAAGUAACCUGCUGACUGACAUAUCGUUCUGUUUCAGAUAUGGAACAGAUUAAUCAUUGUGUGCCUUAGUAACUAAGCUGGAAACUGUACAAAGUAUAUUAAAACUAUUAUCAGUGUUCCAAAGACUAACUCAGGAGGUUUGUCUGCAUUGCAAAUCUUUCUGUAUAUUUUCCUGAUUUUAUGUGAGUACAACAGUGUGAGUAUGAUCAGGAUUUAUAUAUGUAUAUUUAAUGACAUGCUAGGAAAUCAUUUGUUGAAAUUGGAACCAUAACCAACAGCUGGAAGAUGAAAGGAAACUGAGGUUUGUGGAAGCACUAAAGGCCUGUAUGCUGUGCUCAUCUGUGCUGUUCAACACGUAAUGACUAACAGCAUUUUUCAAAAUUAUUUAUAUGCGCUUAUAAAAGACCUUGUGCUUCCAUUUAUCAGUAGGGUGUUAUUAGUCACCAUACUUCAAAUAUCAUCCUGUUUUUGUUUCCUUAGCUGACCAUCUACUUUAUAAAAACGGUAACGUCUUUGUUUAUUUUAAUAAUUAUGUAUGAGGCAGAAUUUUCCAGCUAGAUAUUUAACUGCAAGCAAUCAAAUUCUGUACUUCAAGUAUUAGAUAAUAAGGAAAGGAGUUGGAUCUGUAAAAAGCAGCAGUAUUUAAAAAAUAUUUAAAAAGAAGUAAUCAGUGUUAAUUUUCUUAAAGUUUGAUUCUAACCUGAAACUCGAACAUUUUCUCUAAAUUAGAACUAAGAAUAUCUGCAGAGAAUGUAUUUUGUAGUCAAUAAAAAGCUACUUCCAAAGUUAAACCUUUCUUAUUGCUAACCUGUGUAAUCUUAAACAGACGUUGUCCUUAGGAACAGCUAUGCCAGCACUGUUACAUUUAUCUUCACCUGCUCAGAGGAUUAUGUCAACUAAAAGGAAAAAAAAAGCCAGUAGGGAUUCACAUAAAUGAAUCACAUAAUACCAACAACCAGGAGAAAAGAAAGUGUUGUUUCCACUGAGGCAACAGCACCUCUUUAAAAAUUCCUGUAAACAUCGCAAUCAGAUCUUGUAGGCUACAUCAAGGUGUAGAACUAUUCUGACUGUCUGAAAGGAAACAUUUCUUUGGAGUAUUUUCAUUAGUACCAUUAAAGAUCAGGAUUUUACUUGGCUGUUGGAAAGUCAGUUUAUUUUAGGGAAUUGGCAAUGUGCAUUAGCAUAAUGCUUAAAGAUAUGCACAGUUCACAUUUAAAUACAUGCACAAUUCCUUUGCAAGAAUACUUAGAGGCUGUGAAAACAAAUAUUUUGUAUGGAUGGCAUAAGUUUUAAACAUGUUUAUGUAAGCACCAAUUUUCCACUUAGCUCUCAUUAACCCAAGACAUUUUGACAUAAUGACAGCUUUUGGAUAAUACUACCUCCAAAUAACAAAAUGUAGUUAGGUGGACAGUCACAUCCUGCAGGCCUUACAGUUGCAUUUGCAGAAUCAGGGCCAGAGGUGCAUUAUUAGUAAGAACAAAUGUUGUCUAAUGUACUAACCCUAUCUGCAUGAGCAUUAUAUUAUAACAUGGCUGGAAGGAUUGGUGAUAUAACCUUGGACAGCAUGCGCUUUUGAAGCUUAUUUGUAUAAGUUGUGCUUUUCAUUUAAAAACAAACAAAAAUAAAUUUAAUGGUGAGUUUAGAUUAAGAAAAAAGCUUUUAAAAUAUCAUUACUAAUCUUGGGAGGUAAAAACUAUGUGCUGAGAUAGAUAAGAAAUGGGGCACUUUUCUAAAUGUGUAAACAUCUGGUCUAGAUAUCAGAUAUAAUAUAGAAUAUAAGAAAAGUUGUGUGAGAGACCUGGAACUUUGUAUUGACUGAUGUUUGUGAAUAGCAGGUGUUUAAAAGACGGUAAGAAUGUUGAAACUGGGUUUGUUAAUGUCAGCUGUAUGAGACUGCAGGCAGCUUGUAUUUUGGUUAUUUGAAAUGAAACUGCAUUUUGGUGGUGGUAUAAGCUUUGUAGCUUUGUGAUUUUACACUUUUUCACUCUUGAGUAUUAAACAAUCAAAAUCAAUGCAAAUGUUUCUCUUUUUCCUGUCUGAUAUUUUAAAGGCUGCAUUGUCAAAGGAGAAGAAAUUUGCAUUUAUAAACAUCCUGUUCUAAGA